CCUAUGUAAUAAUCUAUUCACUAAUAAAAAAUAGUCGAAUAUACUAAUCAAGGUACAACUUCAUUUGCACAUUAGGUGAAUAUGUUUAAUUGGAAGAUUAUAUACGAGUAAAUCAAACAGUGUAGAUGAAUUUUUCAUAAGCCUUAGUAGAAUGCAUCCAAUAUACGAGGGAUAGUGAAGAACACUUGCAAUGCAUUCAAUAAAUUCUGAAGUAACACUUUUCCAAAAAUAUCAAGACAAUAAAUUGAUUUCAAUUUUAAAGAUAAUCAAGGGAACACUGCCUUGAUCUAGGCAGCAAAAAGCGGCAAAAUCAGUAUAUUGAAUGAAAUCAUUAAAUACAAAGAAAAGUUUGAGAAAAAAUAAUUUAAGCUCGCACUUGAUAUUGCAAUACAAUCAGAAUAAGAUAAUUGGGAUAUCGUAGAGACUUUGCUUCAAUUAACUUCACUGGAAAAGCCUCAACAUCUGAUCAAAUCUAUGCGCAAAGGCAAUUUUAAAACUGCUCAAAAGAUCAUUGAAUAAUAUGGGGCUUCUGGAUAGGAUGAAAAUGGAGACACGGCCUUACAUGUAGCUUCUCGACUGGGCAAUCUAUAAAUUAUUAAAAGCAUAUGUCAAAAAGAAAAUCUCUAUAAAAAAAAAAAUUUAUUGCACCAAACACCAUUAGAUGUGGCUUGCAAUCAAGAAACUAGAAACCAACUAAUCGAAGAAGAAAUUCAAUUCCAAAAAUCACCAAAUAGGAAAAGAAGAUAGGAAGAUUUCAAUGACAAUAAUUAGAUCUCUCAGAAACCUUAAAAAUAUGAGGAUUUUAAUGAAAUAUUGUAAAAACCACCCAAGGUGUUUCAUGAUCAAGCAAUCCAAACUGAGAACAAAGAAAAGAAAGACUCGGAAUCGUAAAUUCCAGAGCAUAAUUACAUCAAUCAACCAUUCUAUGAUUAAUUGAUCUCUGAAGCCCUUGUUACUCUACCUCAACAUAGGAUUAGUCUAGAUGACAUUGUGAAGUAAUUUCUCAAUUAUAUCAAGGUAAUUAUCCUUUGAAAUCAAUACAUUCUCUUAAGAAUUGAAUAAAUUGUAGGAGGAACAAAGGCCCAUCAUUGACAAGAUUGUAUAGAUGGUUGAUGAAGUAUGAAUCUGUUCUCAUUCAAUUAUUAGACUGUUCAAUCUGUAUGUUCUAAGUCUCGUGCCUUUCUAUACGGUUCUUGCUAAACUGGUCUAAAUUUACUUGACUCUGAUAUUGAUAUUGUGAUCGAAACAAACGAAUUACAAAGGAUCUCAUUGUAUAAGAUUGCUGAAUAAUUUAAAGUAUUAUGGUAUAUAGUUUUAGACACAAGGCUUUAUUAAGGAGGUGAAGGUUAUUGAUAAUGCUAGGAAACCUGUUUUGAAAAUGCAAUGUUCAUAAGAAUUUCAAAAUAAACUUAUUGAUAUUACCAUUAGUAAGAAUGAUCAUUCUGGGAGAAAGACUGCUAAUUCGAUGGUUGAAUUCCAGAAGGAAUUUAAAUAGUUUAAAAGUCUUGCUUUAAUCUUGAAGUUUUACUUUAAAUCAAUCAAUCUAUUAAAUGCCUAUCAAGUAUCUCAAUCAUAUGAAACAAGGGUGGUUUGAAUAGCUAUUGCAUUCUGACUAUGAUCUUAGCCUUACUACAAAUUAAACGAGUGCGUGAUAUUGACAAUGAAGAGAUUGGUAAGACCUUUUUGGACUUUUUCGAUCUAUAUAGUUAAGAUAUCGAUUACUUUAAUAAAAUUAUCAAUAUUGUUCCGUCCCAAUCAGAGAAUAUGUAAGUUGAUGAACCUAAUAUUUACUAAUAACAAUUUCCUUAGUUGUAAAGAUUCAUGUAAUUUUAGUGAUCAAGGACAGUAAGAAUUAGUUAUAUUGGAUUUACAUAAUAAAGGCAAUAACAUUGCUAGCAGCACCUUCAAAAUCAAGCACAUCAAAGUAACAAUUCCUAUUUAAAUUAAAGAAUGCCUUGACACUCGCUUAUAGUACUAUAUUGAAUUCUCAAAAAUGCGAAGAGCCCUGCUUUUUCUCCAGAUACAAUAAACCUGUUUGUUGUAUACUAAAAUAAAUCAUCUAACAAUCAAAGAACCAUCACUUGACUGGACCAUAUAAAUCAAAAUAGCCAUUUUAUUUCUUUAAUAAUACUUAUUGACA